AUUCCUCUCAUUUUUUAAAUCUUUCAUUCCCAGGUGACAUAUUAGGCUCUGCAAUGCAAAAUCUUCAGAAUCUUAUCCAGAUGCCCUAUGGUUGUGGAGAGCAAAAUAUGGUCCUUUUUGUCCCUAACAUCUAUGUUCUGAACUAUCUGAAUGAGACACGGCAGCUGACAGACAAGAUCAAGUCCAAAACCAUCAGCUACCUUAUCAGUGGGUACCAAAGACAGUUGAAUUAUAAGCACAGCGAUGGUUCAUACAGCACCUUUGGGGAUCAUGAUGGCAGAAGUCAGGGAAACACUUGGCUCACAGCAUUUGUGCUCAAGUCCUUUGCUCAAGCCCGAUCAUACAUCUUUGUGGAGGGAUCACAUAUCACUAGUUCCCUCACCUGGCUCUCACAGCAGCAGAAGGAAAACGGUUGUUUCCGACGCUCCGGAACUCUGCUAAACAAUGCGAUCAAGGGUGGGGUAGAUGAUGAGGUGACCCUCUCUGCCUACAUCACCAUUGCUCUGCUGGAGGUUCCGCUGCCUGCCACUCACCCAGUUGUUCGCAAUGCUCUAUUCUGCCUGGAAAGAGCCUGGACCCCCACCUCAGAGAACCAAAGCAGUCUCGUCUACACGAAGGCGUUACUGGCCUAUGCCUUUGCCCUGGCAGGGAACCAGGCCAAGCGCAACGAGCUGCUUGAAUCACUAGACAAAGAGGCGGUGAAAGAAGAUGACUCAAUCCACUGGCAACGUCCUGGGAAAGUUCCAGAAGUUCAGACCCUCUAUUAUCAACCCCGGGCUCCUUCUGUUGAAGUGGAGAUGGCAUCCUACUUGCUCCUCGCCUGUGCGACUGCCCAGCCUGCCCCAUCUCCGGAGGACCUGUCUAAGGCUUCACGUAUUGUGAAAUGGAUCACCAAACAACAAAACGCCAAUGGGGGCUUCUCCUCCACUCAGGAUACUGUGGUAGCUCUCCAAGCCCUCUCCAAAUAUGGAGCUGCAACUUUCACUAAAAGAGAGAAAGCAGCUACAGUUACUGUCAAAGCUUCAGAGAACUUCUCUGAAAUAUUCCAAGUAGAUGAAGCCAAUCGCCUAUUGCUACAGGAGGUCCAGCUGCCGAUGAUUCCAGGGGAGUACAGCACAACAGUGUCAGGGUCAGGAUGUGUGUACCUCCAGACAUCCCUGAGAUACAACAUCCUGCCUCAGAAAGAAGAGGAAGUUCCAUUCGCUCUGAAGAUUGAUGCUCUCCCGAAGAAUUGUGAAGGCUCAGGUGCUCACAGGAAAUUCCAGAUUAACAUCAGCAUUAGCUACACUGGCAAACGGCCCAGCUCCAACAUGGUCAUUGUUGACGUGAAGAUGUUAUCAGGCUUCAUACCUGUGAAAUCAUCAGUGAAAAAGGUAAACCUGAAGUCCCCUGCAGGUAGCAAAGUCAGGAUAAAUGUGGACAUGUGUGCUUGUCAAUUUCAUUUUAUUGAUUCCGUUUUCAAGAGGCUUAUCCCUUAAACUUGCUUCUCUGGA